AUGUCACCGGAGCGGCAGGAGUCGCGGAGGGUGCACGUCGACGGCGAGGACACCGACGCCGCCGAGGAGCGCAACAAGUGGUUCAGGGAGAUGCGCGGGUGGCUGAUGGUGGUGGCGACGGUGGCGGCGUCGGUGACCUACCAGGCCGGGCUGAACCCUCCCGGCGGGUUCUGGCAGGAGGACGACGCGGCCGCCGGGCACAGGGCCGGCAACCCGGUGCUGCGCGACGCCGUCAACCGGAGGUACCAGGCGUUCUACUACUUCAACUCGACGGCGUUCGUGACGUCGCUGGUGAUCAUGGUGCUGCUGAUGAGCGAGCGGUUCUACCGGACGGAGACCAAGGUGGUGGCGCUCAUGGUCACCACCUUCGUCGACCUCGCCAGCCUCGUCGGCGCCUACGUCGCCGGCUCCACCCGCUUCAUGUCCUCCUGCGCCUACGUCAUCAUCAUCGCCGGCGUCGCCUUCCUCUGCGUCAUCGCCAUGGGAGAGGUGAUGGAUAAAGUAUGCAGUUUCUUCAAGAGGAGGUUGCCCUGCAUGCACGGCUGGUUCCCUGUGCGGUGA